UUGACAUUUCUAAAACGUCAAUUUAAAGGGUUUUGAAAAUUAUUAUAAUUAAUUAAAAUCCUCAUAAUAAAAGGCAAAAUCUUCGUGGAUGUCGAAAAAAUGUGGAAUUUAUCUAAAAACCGUUUUCUUAAAACCGUUUCAAGAUGUUACACGACAUCAAAAUCGUCGGUUUCGGAUAAAAAGACGGAAGAAGUAACGAAACUAGUCGCAAUGGAAAAGUUUAAGCAGAAAGCGGUCAGCGUUUCGGUGUUGGGAGUUGACAAUCCUUCCGGCGAAUACUUGUCGUUCCUCUUAAAGCAAAACCCUCUUGUUUCGCAUUUGUAUUUAGUCGGCGAAAAAGCCCCCGGAAUUGCUGCCGAUUUAGAUUCGAUGGAUACAAGAACGAUGAUUUGUGGUUAUACGGAUCAUGAUGUUGAAAAAGCGGUUAAAAAAUCUGAAAUUGUGAUAUUAAUGGGGUUGGAAAAACAAAGAGAUCAGGAAGCUACGCCGGAAGCACAAUUUCACCGGGAAUAUGAAAGAGUUAUCAGAUUAGCCCGUAUUUGUACUAUGUAUGCUUCAAAAUCGAUUAUUUAUGUUUGUGUUAACCCAGUUUCUUAUAUGGUACCGUUAGUAUCCGCGAUUUAUAAGAAAACUCAUUGGUAUCACCCAGGAAGAAUUAUCGGAUCCGUUGCGGUUCACCAAGUGAAAUUAAAUUCAUUAUUAGCUGAUUAUUACAAAUUAGAUCCGGCAGGAAUUAAUGUACCGGUAUGUGGAGGGCCUGAUUUAGAUUGUCUCGUCCCAAUUUUUUCAAGAGCAACCCCAUUAGCGACGACUUCCCCCGAUGAAGUUUUACUGAUUAAAAAGUACCGAAAUGUAGGAGAAACAGGGGAUGUUUUAAAACCGAUAAAAUCGUUCAAGCACGAUUCAGAAUCAAUGGCAAAAGCCUUCGCCAUCAAUAGAAGCAUCACCGCGAUAGCUUUAGGACUUUUAGGUGAUCAAAAUUCGAAUAUGGUCGGACAUAUAAGAAGUAAUAUUUUCCAAACGAGUUCGUAUUUAACGUCUACACUUCAAGUGGGGAGAGGAGGUGUUGUUCAUAAUUACGGAGUACCUGUUUUAUCCCGAACUGAACUUCUUUUAUUAGAACAAGCUUUAUUGUUGAUGUACGAAAGGGAACAAUUGGCUAUUUGUGCUUUGGAAGGUGUAGAUAAAAAAAAAGUUGUGAAGAUGACUUCUUAAUGUUUUUUAUUUAUUUAUUUUUUGUAAAUUUGUGAUAUUAAAAUAAUUUUUUUAGCACGACAUUCUAAAAGAAGUAAUCAUAAAAAUUGAUUUCUUAUCAAAGUUAAUCAAAUCGAAUUAUGUCAACAACACGAGCAAUUUUUCCUGUUAGCUUUCAGUAGAAAAAGCUGUUCUUACCACCCGGUUAAAUCCAAUUUAGUAAUUGCCCAACGAUAAAAGUCGACAAUUACGCGAGAACCCCCCUCGUGUGAACACUGUUCACGGUUACUUUUGACGUAUCGAUCGUUUUUUCGAACUACUUUUUCUUUAUUUUUAAUCCCCCAUACAAAAUAUAUGAUUAACUAUCAUUGUAUAAUUCUUUUUGUGUCGUAAAACUAGGUAAUUUACAUUUUGAUUGCUGUUCUAUUUCGAAACGAAUCAUAAAUAACCUCUUAUUUUACGAAAAAAUAUUUUUGCUAACUCCUAAAACACCUAAAAUUGCCUUUUAAGCGAAGUGCAGCUUAAAUCAUCUCGACUAUUAUCACUAAAACUGCGCAACAACUGUAAAUUUUAGCCCCCACGAAUUCCCUGGGCGUGUUAAAUAUUCAAAAAGCUCAACACAAGAUGUACUAUCCUAGAUUCGGGUAAAAAAAGAAUUUGUUGGUGAAAAUUUUAUUUUCAACACCCUUGUAAGUCCCCUUAACGAGUACGAAGCACGAUUUUGAGAUUUCUUUUCACAAACCCUGCGGGUUUAGAUCCUUCUGUUGUGUUAGGAGGUUCUUUUUACAAUUAUUGUGUUGAGUAUCUUAGAAAUUGCAUUAAGAAAUGUAAAAAAUUUUAUCUUUUUUUGUAUUUUUUUCAAAAAAUAACGCAAUUACGUGGAAUUGCUCGUGAAUUUUGGUUAAUAUAAAAGAAUAGUAUCAAGAGUUUUGGAAUAAUUACAUGAAAUCGCAAUUUCAAAGUUUUA